UUGAGGCUUCCGCUCAGCUGAGAGGCAAGAUGGCCACCGCUGGGGGCGGCUCUGUGGCCGACGCGGGAAGUAGGAGUCUUCUUCGCCUUCUGUCUUUCUGCGUCCUACUGGCAGGUUUGUGCGAAGGAAACUCAGUGGAGAGGAAGAUCUACAUCCCCUUAAAUAAAACAGCUCCCUGUGUCCGUCUGCUUAAUGCUACACAUCAGAUUGGCUGCCAGUCUUCCAUUAGUGGGGACACAGGGGUUAUCCACGUAGUAGAGAAGAAAGAGGACCUGCAGUGGGUGUUGACUGAUGGCCCUAACCCCCCUUACGUGGUUCUGCUAGAGGGCACACUCUUUACCAGGGAUGUGAUGGAGAAGCUGAAGGGGAGAUCCGGCCGAAUUGCUGGUCUUGCAGUGUCUUUAGCCAAGCCCAGUCCUGCCUCAGGCUUCUCUCCCAGUGUGCAAUGUCCCAAUGAUGGGUUUGGUAUUUACUCUGACUCUUACGGGUCACAGUUUGCUCACUGCAAAGCCUUUCAGUGGAACAAGGUGGGCGACGGCUUGGCUUAUGAAGAUUUCAGUUUCCCCAUCUUUCUUCUUGAGGAUGAAAAUGAAACUAAUGUUAUUAAGCAGUGCUACCGAGAUCACAACCUGAGUCCAAACGGCUCGGCGCCGGCCUUCCCGCUGUGCGCCAUGCAGCUCUUCUCACACAUGCACGCAGUCGUCAGCACCGUCACCUGCAUGCGACGCAACCUCAUCCAGAGCUCAUUCACCAUCAGCCCAGAAGUCGUCUGUGACCCCCUGUCCGACUUCAACGUGUGGAGCAUGCUGAAGCCUAUAAAUACAUCUAGGACGCUGGAGCCCGAUGACAGGGUUGUGGUGGCUGCCACCCGACUGGACAGCCGUUCUUUUUUCUGGAACGUGGCCCCAGGGGCUGAAAGCGCCGUCGCCUCCUUCGUCACGCAGCUGGCUGCAGCUGAAGCCCUGCAGAAGGCACCUGACGUGGCCACCCUGCCCCGCAACGUCAUGUUUGUCUUCUUCCAAGGGGAAACUUUUGACUACAUUGGCAGCUCGAGAAUGGUCUACGACAUGGAGAAGGGCAGUUUUCCUGUGCAGCUAGAGAACAUCGACUCAUUUGUGGAGCUGGGACAGGUGGCCUUAAGAAACUCACUAGAGCUUUGGAUGCACACAGACCCCAUGUCUCAGAAAAAUGAAACUGUACUAAACCAGGUGGAGGCGCUCCUGAGCACCCUGGAGCAGAGCGGUGCUGCUGUCCCCACUGUCGUCCUCAGGAGACUGAAUCAGUCCCAGCCUCUGCCACCGUCUUCUCUGCAGCGAUUUCUUCGGGCACGAAACGUCUCUGGCGUUGUUCUUGCUGACCACUCUGAUUCCUUCCAUAACCUCUAUUACCAAAGCAUUUAUGACACUGCUGAGAGCAUCAAUGUGACCUACCCUGCAGGGCAGAGCCCCGAAGAGGACCUGAACUUCGUGACAGACACCGCCAAGGCUCUGGCAGGUGUGGCCACGGUGCUGGCACGCGCACUCUACCAGCUCGCGGGAGGAGCCAGCUUCAGGGACACCAUACAGGCUGACCCCCACACGGUUACCCGCCUGCUCUAUGGGUUCCUGGUUAGAGCCAAUAACUCAUGGUUCCAGUCUAUCCUCAGGCCGGACCUCAGGUCCUACCUGGGUGACGGGCCUCUUCAGCAUUACAUCGCUGUCUCCAGCCCCACCAACGCCACUUACGUUGUACAGUAUGCCUUGGCUAACUUGACCGGCAAGGUGCUAGACCUUACCCGAGAGCAGUGCCAGAACCCGAGUCAAGUCCCCACUGAAAACAAGGAUCUGUACGAGUACACCUGGGUUCAGGGCCCUUUGAACGCCAAUGAGACGGACCGGCUCCCCCGGUGUGUGCGUUCCACGGUACGCCUGGCCAGGGCCUUGUCCCCUGCCUUUGAACUGGAGCAGUGGGGCUCUACCGAAUACUCGACGUGGACCGAGAGCCGCUGGAAAGACAUCCGUGCCCGGAUAUUUCUGAUAGCCAGCAAAGAGCUGGAGUUUAUCACCCUGAUAGUGGGCUUCGGCAUCCUCGUCUUCUCUCUCAUCGUCACCUACUGCAUCAAUGCCAAAGCCGACGUCCUUUUCAUCACUCCCCGGGAACCAGGAUCUGUGUCUUACUGAAGAGGACCCCAGCUUUUCCUGCCAGCUCUGCAGUGUGCUUCCUAGAUCAUCUGUCCCACUGGGACAUAAACCACUAGUUUGUCAUGGAACCUCUCUGGGCCUGGCUCAGACUUGACAUUGACAUAAAGCGGAACUGCCCGAAAGAGACAGUGAGAGAUAAUCGAGUCACCCACCGCCCGCAUCUCCCCCUUCCUGUCUGCUCGUCCCCGUUCCUUCUUCCUUGCCCCUGCCUGAUCCUGGGAUGACAAAUAGAAGCUUCCUGCUCCUGCCUGACUCCUGCCCCAUGGUGGUUUAGAGCUGCCUGCCCUAACUUCCCCUUCUUCAGCGUCCGUUUUCUCUCUCCUUCCUGUCUUGUGCCUCCCCAUGCUCCCUGCUCCCGCCUCUCCCUUCCUGACCAGGAAGGACAUGAAGGGUUGAAUGCCAGGAACAAAUGACAAGGAAGCCCUCAGGAGGACAGGGCCAUCUGUGGGCUGAGCCUUCUGUCUCCCUCCAGCUGUCCCGUCUCCAGGCCCUUAGAUGGCACAUCAAGGGGGUGUGCUGCCGGGGGGGGCAUCCCACCUCCAGCCCACAGUACUUGGUUGUAAUUUUUAUUAUGCUGUCAUAUCUAUUUUUGUUUCCUUUUUUUUCUGUGUGUGUGUGUGUGUGUAUAUGUGUGUGUAUGUAAAUAUAUAAAUAGUGAGUUUCAUUAAAAGAGACUGCCCCACACAA